GAUACCGUAAACACAUAAAUAUACACAUAGCUAAGAGACUGAUAACGUUUACAGAAACAUCAACACAACAGAGAUUGGACAUAUAAAAGUGGCACGUUUGAGCGAUGGCAGCAGUCGGGGCUCAGUCGCACCACGUAUUCGGUUUGCGCACAGGCGUGACCAACAACCUGCUGUUUUUCGACGAGCAGACGGUCAUCUAUCCAUGUGGAAACAACUGUGUGAGAUACAGCAUCGACCAGCAAUGCCAGAGGUUCAUUCCAGGCACAGAAAGGAGCCAGGGCAUGCAGGCUCUGGCAAUCAGUGCCAACCGGCGCUACCUGGCCGUGUCGGAGCGUAACGAGCGCGGCACCAUCACCAUCUACGACCUGCAGCACGAGCAAAGCCGUAAGAGGAAGGUGCUGACGGGCGGCGACACCGGCGUCCAAGAAUUCAUCUGCAUGGCAUUCUCUCCCGACUCCAAGUACCUGCUUGGCCAGGCUGAAGGGCCUGAAUGGACCCUCUUCUACUGGGCAUGGGAGAAGCAAAAGGUCUUGGCUACAGUAAAGAGCACAAGCACCGGCUCUGUCAGUCAGGUCAGCUUUAACCCUCAGGACAACACACAGGUCUGUGUGAGCGGGAACAAAGUCCUCAAACUCUUCCGCUACGCAGACGGCGCCCUCAAACAGUCAAACGCCGCCAAACUGGACACACAUCACAUCCUGUCUCACGCCUGGAUGUCCGAGGAGCGCGUCAUCGCCGGGACGGACACCGGGCGCCUCCUGGUGUUCGAGUCAGGCGACCUGCGCUGGGAGAUGAGCGUGACGAGCCAGGCGCUCACACACGGGGCGGAGAGGCAUGAGGGGAGGGAUAAAUUAGAGGAAGCGGAGUCGCCGCCUCGCAUCACUUCCAUCGCCGCGUACUCUAAAGGCUUCGUGUGUUCAGGCGGCCCAGGCAGCGUCUGUCUAUUCGAGAAAACAGACGAGAAAGACGCCUACAGGAAAACCAAGGAAAUAAGGAUUCCCUCGGACCCCUUCAGCACCGACCCGGGUCAGGCGGAGCAGCAGGAGGUCACCACGCUGAGCAUCAGCCCGGCGGAGGAAACACUGGCCGCCAGCACAGACCGCGGCCAGAUCUACCAGAUCCCGCUCGCCUCCGCCGAGAUGAGCAAGGACGACCACGCCCAGUUCGAGUUCCUGUUCCACUCGGUUCACUCGGGCGUCGUCACCGGACUGUCCAUCUGCGUCCGCAAGCCACUCGUCGUCACCUGCUCGCUGGACCGAUCCGUCCGCGUCUGGAACUACGAGACCAGCUCUCUGGAGCUCUACAAGGACUUCCAGGAGGAGUCGCACAGUGUGGCGCUGCACCCAUCAGGCCUCUUCAUCCUGGUGGGCUUCUCCGACAAGCUCCGCCUCAUGAACCUGCUCAUGGACGACAUCCGCACCUUUAAAGAGUUCACCGUACGGAGCUGUCGAGAGUGCGUGUUCAGCCACGGGGGUCACAUGUUCGCCGCCGUCAACGGCAACGUGAUUCACAUCUACUCCACCGUGACGUUCGACAACAUCCUGAACCUGAAGGGUCACAACGGCAAGGUCCGCUCAGUGGUGUGGAGCGCAGACGACAGCCGUCUGGUGUCGUGCGGCAUGGACGGAGCCAUCUACGAGUGGAACGCUCUCAGCGGAGACCGCGAGUCCGAGAGCGUCCUGAAGUCGUGCAGCUACGCCGGCGUGGCGCUCUCACCCGACGCCAAGAGCGUCUUCGCCGUGGGCAACGACCGCACGCUCAAGGAGAUCCAGGACUGCCAGAUCGUAAAGGAAGUGACAUCAGACGACGUUUCCUACACGGCCGUCGUCACCACUCACUCGGGCCGCGUCAUCUUCACCGGGACCUCCGCGGGCACCGUCAGAGCCUUCAGGAACCCGUUACCCAUGCAGAAGGACUGGACGGAGUACCAGGCCCACUGCGGCCCCGUCACCAAAAUGGCCGUCACGUUCGACGAUCAGUUCUUACUGACCGCCUCAGAGGACGGCUGUCUCCUAAUCUGGAAAAUCUUCGACAAGGACGGGCGCGGCCUAAAACGGGACAAAGAAUUCAGCUACGCCGAGGAGAUCCUGAUUACCAAGUCAGAUCUGGAGGAGAAGAACCAGGUCAUGCUGGAACUGAAGACGCGGGUGGACGAGCUGCAGAUGGAGAACGAGUACCAGCUGCGCCUGAAGGACAUGGACUACAGCGAAAAGGUCAAGGAGCUCACCGAGAAGUUCAUCCAGCAGAUGGAGCUGCUGAAAACCCAAAACCAGGUGCUCAAGUCGGAGAAGGAGAAGCAGGAGGUGGCGCUCCAGGAGAAGCUGACGGAGAUCAUGGAGAGACAUUCCAAGGAGCAGCAGGAUCUGGAAUCUACCACCAACCAGAAGCUGAUGCUGGAGUACGAGAAGCACCAGGAGUUGCAGCUCCGCUCGCAGAAGAUGCAGGAGAGCUACGAGGAGAAGCUCCGCGAGCUGGAGGGCGGCGGGCGCCGGGCGCUGGAGGACCUGACGCAGCUCUACGAGACCAAACUGCAGGAGAGAGUCCUUCUGCUGGGUCAGUGUCAGGACGAGUCCCGGCACAGGGUUCGAGAGUUCGAGGAGAUAAAGAAGCAGAUGGAGGAGGACGGAGACCACGAGCUCCAGGAGGUUCGGAUCAGAUACGAGCGAAAGCUCCGGGAGGAGAGAGAGACCAACCUGCGGCUCAGAGGAGAGACGGGGGUGAUGAAGAAGAAGUUCGGCAGCCUACAGAAGGAGAUCGACGACAGGAACCUGGAGAUCGAGAAGCUGAACGAGGAGCAGCAGAAGCUCCACACCGUCAUCAGAUCACUGGAGAAGGACAUCAAGGGUCUGAGGAGGGAGAUCAAGGAGAGAGACGAGACCAUCCAGGACAAGGAGAAGCGCAUCUACGAGCUGAAGAAGAAGAACCAGGAGCUGGAGAAGUUCAAGUUCGUCCUGGACUACAAGAUCAAAGAGCUGAAGAAACAAAUUGAGCCCCGAGAGAACGAGAUCAAAGAGAUGAAGGAGCAGAUCCAGAAGAUGGAGGGCGAGCUGGAGCAGUUCCACCAGAAGAACACUCAGCUGGAGCUGGACGUGGCCGAGAUGAACCUGAAACUGAGAGCCACCGACAAGGAGAUGCACAGAGAAAAGCAGAGGGUCAGGGACGUGGAGUCUCUGGUGCGCCGGUUCAAGAUCGACCUGCACAACUGUGUCGGCUUCAUCCAGGAGCCCAAGCAGCUCAAGGACGCCGUCCGAGACCUCUACGAGCGCUACGUCCAGCAGUCGGACACGCUGGAGAUAGUGGCCGUGGACGCCGACAUCCAGCGCGAGUACGCCCGGCAGAGGGAGCACCUGGAGAAGAACGUGGCCUCGCUCAAGAGGAAACUGGCCAAGGACAACGAGGUGCAUCAGGCCGACAAGGUCAAGAUCAUGAAGGAAAACGUCACUCUCAUCAAAGAGAUCAACGAUUUGAGGAAGGAGCUGAGGCAGGCGCGGUCACAGAUCCACGAGCACGAAACCCAAACCCGCGUCGUUAAGAGGAAGUCCAGGAGCGCCACUGACGUUAAAACCGCUUCCUCUGCAGCGCCACGCCCGACUUUCGAGGAAGAAGCUGAGCGCAUCAUCCAGCUGCAGCGCCUGGAGAUCCAGCGGCUCAGGCAGGAGUGUCUGGGUCAAGGUCAGCUCCAAGGUCAAGGUCUCGCCCUGCCGACCUCGCUGAACAGCACCAGGCUGCCUGCCCUCAACGCAUAAACAGUCCCCGCUCCGUGUGCGGACCUCAGAUUUCUGCUGUGUAUUCUAAUGUUGGACUGACGGACGGACGUAUAGACGGACAUUUUCAUCAUUUAUUCCCACCUCCCGUGCUCAGUCCCGCUAGUUGUUUUGGUCACUAGCUGUCCAACAACUGGACUGUAAAAAACCCAGAUUAAUAACCAGUAAAAAGUUGUCCGAAUACGGGUGGGAAAACAAGACGUCUUAAAUGCCCCUCAGGCUUUAAAAUGGUCACUAAGGUGAUUGAUACCAAAAAUGUUGCUUUCAGUUUAUUUGACAGUUUAAGUCGUAUCCAAUUCCCCAGUUGUAUCUCCUCUACUGCUGCAGACCUUGACCAAGCUGGGCUGUAAUAACACAACUCCUCUUGUAUUUAUCUAGCAUCCAACCGCUUCUUUUCACCUAUGUAAGGCAGGUUCACACAGGGAUCAUCAGGCACUACUCUCCAUUAUUCACCGUCUCUACGCAGCACCUCGACCGGCCAGCAGAGGCCGCAACUGCAGCAGUAACGAGGAAUAUAGUGGCUCUUUACAGGAAGUGUUAUUUACCCCAUCACACACCCACACAUCUAACUGUAAACCCCACAGAUCUGAACCCUGAUUAAAUAAAAUUCAGUGUUGUUACAUCAA